UCAGGAGGUCUCUCCACAGAUAAACUGUCUCCUGCUCAGUGGUCAGCUCUGGUUUUCAUGUUACUGUCAUCAGAAGAAGAUCUGGAUGAGUUUGACCUGAAGAAAUACUAUGCUUCAGAGAAGGCUCUUCUGGGGCUGCUGCCAGUGAUCAAAGCCUACAAGAAGGCUCUGCUGAGUGUCUGUGAGCUGUCAAACACAGGCUGUAAAGCUCUGACUUCAGUACUCGGCUUAAAGUCCUCUAGUCUGAGAGAGCUGGACCUGAGUAUCAACAGCUUGGACUAUUCAGGUGUGAAGCUUCUGUCCGCAGCUUUGGCCAGUCCAUGUUGUAAACUGAAUACUCUGAGACUGAGUCUCAGUAAUCUCUCGGAGAGAAGCUCUAAAACUCUUUCUGCUGGACUGCAAAAUCUAAACUGCAAGCUGACUACUCUGAGGCUAAUGGGCUGCAAGUUCUCAGAGAGAAGCUGUGAAGCUCUGUCCUCAGUUCUCAGCUCCCAGUCCUCUAGUCUGAGAGAGCUAGACCUGAGUAAUUCUGAGCUGCAGGAUUCAGGAAUGAAGCUUCUGUCUGUAGGACUAAAGACUUGUACACUGGAAACACUCAGUCUGUCAGGCUGUCUGAUCACAGAGAAAGGCUGUACUUCUCUGGUCUCAGCUCUGAAAGCCAACCCCUCCCAUCUGAGAGAGCUGGACCUGAGCUACAAUUAUCCGGGGGAUUUGGGAAUGGAUCUGCUGUUGGCUGUACAACAAGAAUUACGCUGGAGGCAGAACAGUGUCAGGUUGGAGCCUGCUGGAGUCCAAUGGUUGAGACCAGGUCUGAGGAAGUAUUCCUGUCAACUCACAAUCGACACAAACACAGUACACAAAUGGCUCCAACUGUCUGACGACAACAGGAAAGUGACACGCGUGUGGGAGACCUUUUCAUAUCCCGAUCAUCCAGACAGAUUUGAUUGGCAUCCACAGCUGCUGUGUGAAAAUGGUCUGACUGGUCGCUGUUACUGGGAGGUCGAGUGGAGAGGAAAGGUUGAUAUAUCAGUGAGUUACAGAAGAAUAAUAAGGAAAGGAAAGGGUACUGACUGUGUGUUUGGAUCCAAUGAUCAGUCCUGGAGUCUGAGGUGCUGUGGUUAUGGUUCUUAUUCUGCCUUUCACAAUAAGAGAUCAACAGUAAUCUCCUCCACCGUCUCCAACAGAGUAGCAGUGUAUGUGGACUGUCCUGCUGGCACUCUGUCCUUCUACAGAGUAUCCUCUGACACUCUGAUCCACCUCCACACCUUCAACACCACAUUCACUGAAACUCUUUAUCCUGGAUUUGCAUUUGACUACGAUUCCUCAGUGUCCUUGAGCUGGGUUGAGUGCAAAGAGUGUCCCCUGUUGGAGAAACCCUCUGAGUGCUGAACAGAGAGUUCAGUCCAUACAUGUCCAUCUCUUUCACUCAGAAACACAUUUUCAGAUUCAUGGAUUCAAUCAGUUGAUGUUUUAAACUGUUCUAAAUGAUUCCUUGUGAACUUCUUCCUCUUCAGUCCUUUAAAGAUGGAAGCUCCCAUUAUUCCACAUGUUGUUUUUCUGUCUUUUUCCACUCAAAGCUUCACAGUGAAUAUCAGUUUGUUGUGUUUCUCUGAAGCUCCGUUCACAACCAGCUUCUCUGCAUUUUCAACAAGUCUGAGCUCAUUAAAAUGAAUCCAAAUGUUUGAUUUCUUUUGUGGAGAUCCAGAAAUUCUUUUAUUGCUGCCAAAUAACCUGCAUCAUUAUAAUUGCAUUAAUAACCUUCUUUACAGCAUUAUUCCAUUAAUAUUUCUUUCAGUAUUGAUAUUACAUUAAAGUUGUUUGAGGAUGUUUAGUUAAGGAUCCUUCCAUUAUGUUAACUUUUAUUACAGGUACACCAAGAGUAUUUUAUACACAUUGCAUUUGUGCUUAUUUAGAGUUGAUGUUCCAUCCAAAAGGGUUUUAAGCGUCACUGGUGCGACUGUCCAGGUGAUACAUGUUGAGGGAAAGAUGAGAACAUAGAAGGUUGACUGCAUGGACGCUUACAAUACAUAAUCCAUAUAAUCUAGGGAUGAGUUAGAAUUGAGGCCUUAACUCAUUUGGUGUCUCGCUGCAUUUUACUCUACUUGGCAACAGAUGACAGGAGUCAAUAAUUAGCCCCAGAGACCCUGAGGGCUUAAAGUUAUUGCUUUGUAUGGAAGGUGUUAGAAGAAAAAGAAGUUCUGUGUCUGUUUAUAGCCAUUAAAAAUGUACAAGAUGUACUGUUCAUUGUAACUCACGUCUUUGACCUAUUUUAAUCUGUAAUUGACGCCAUGGGGGGGCGGAUACCCCAAUGCUUUAAAAGCGUUCUCAACAUGUAUUUUUGUCAGAAGUCAUAUGCUGAUGUCUCUUCUCCUGUGUAAUAAACUCAUCGUUUGAUUGCA